AUGCUUUCCACUCUCCCCCUUACUCUCCCCAACCCCACCAUCCACUCCCCCAUGUCCAGCCCCAUCGCCCGGGAUACGGCGAUCUACACGCCCGGCACUACUCCUCCUCGGAGCCACACUCGCCCAUGGUACGUCGACUUUCCGGCCCCAGUCUCGUCCCCUGCCCUCCUCUCGUCCGCCCGGUCCAUCCUCUCGUCCGCCCGGUCCAUCCUCCCCCUCCCACCCACCCUGGAGCGGUACGCCACCCCCCUCCUCCUCCUCCUCGAGGGCUCACCAAUCGCCCCCUCCGAAGUGGUGAUCCGCGACGUCAUGGAGAUGUAUGACGCCAUCCGUCAUCCAGACGACCUGGUCAUCGCCCUUCUCUGGUUGGAGGAGUUCGUGUCCUAUAUUCCUCCCGACCUGCUCUCGAUGGGCAUCAACUACUUCCGACAGGCGGUUUAG